AUGGAAACGUCGACACUGGUCAUGGUUACGACCAUGAUAGGCAUUGCCGCCAUCACUGUGCUCUUCUGGAGUCUUUAUCCCAAUCCAUUGCCAGGAAUACCUUAUGAUCCGGCGUCACGCGGGCGCAUGCUGGGCGAUAUACCGGACUUUGCAGCCAGAGCGCAGCAGACCAAGGAGACUUCACAGACGCUGUUCCUACUGCCGGAGCGACUCGGGGUACCGGUGGCCCAAUUUCUGUCGACACGCUUCGUGAGGCCCAUGGUUCUCAUCAAUGAGCCGCGUGAGGUCGAGGAUGUGCUGAACCGGCGCAACCGCGAGUUCGACCGGGCACCAUUCACGGCACGCUUGUUCCAGCCGUUGCUACCACACUCGACCGUCGCGCAGAUGACAACGCCGGCCCUCAGGGCACAGAAGCGGCUCAUCCAUGCCGCUGCCCUGGACCUGGUUGCCCUGUGGCGCCUCCGAGCGCGCGAUGCUGGCGGUGCGCCCAUGAGCGUGCUCCACGACUUGGAUCACGCUGCCUUGGACGCCAUCUGGAUUGCUGUGCUCGGCUCGCCGCUCGGCAUUGUACGACGAGAUAUAGCUAGGUCGGCCCAACCAGCGGCCACCAAAGACAAUCCGCAGCGCAAAAUGGUUCCAAAAGGCACAUCUGAAUCCGAAUCGAUUGCCUCGGUCGAAGCCUUGCAGGAGGCAGCCGAGCACAUGAACUGGAUGAUCAGCGAGACGCUUAAUUCCAUCUGGCCACGGGCGAGAAUGCUCUACUUGAGAUGCAUGCCCAAGUACCGUCGCCUUCGACGGACGCUAGACCAGGAGCUCCAACGGCUGAUUAAAACCGCCCACGAACGGUUCAAAAAGUCUGCCGUUUCCGAUUCCAAGGCUGGGCCUCCUGACAUGCAGGAAGCCUGCGUGAUGAAUCUUGUUCUUCGCCGCCUGGUGCUGGCCGAGGCCAAGACCGGGCUGCCUCUAACGGAUCCCACUGCAGAUCCGUCCAUCUCACAGGAACUCCUGGUAUUCUUGUCAGCUGGUCACGAGUCGACAGGAUACUCACUAUCGUGGUUCGUCAAGAUCAUGGCCGCCAACCAGUCGGCGCAGGCCACGCUCCGCCAGAAGCUACAAUGUGCAUUCCCAGGCCAGGAGAUGCCGUCAGCAGCCCAGAUUCUCGACGCCAACAUUCCCUAUCUCAGCGCUGCGGUUGAGGAGCUGCUGCGGCUGUCAGUGCCGAAUGGCAUCGUCACGCGACAGGCCGUGGUCGACACGCAAAUCCUGGGCUACGCCAUCCCCAGGGGUACCGAUGUGCUGCUAAAUACUCGCUGUCUCCAUCGCCCACCGCACGUGCCAGAGAGCGUGCGUAGCCCGACUAGCCAAGCAGCGUUGCAGCGAAAAGGCUACCAGGGACGCGAGGGCGAAAGUAGCGGGAACCUCGACGCAUUCGAGCCGCAAAGGUGGCUAGCAAAAGACGAAGCAGGCAGCGAAUACUUUGAUCCAUCUGCUCUGCCAUCUCUGCAGUUUGGAGGCGGCAUUCGGGGCUGUUUUGGCAAGAAGCUGGCGUAUCAAGAGUUGUACAUAUUCUUGGUUGUGCUACUGUUAAAUUUCGAGUUCCGACCAUUGCCUAAAGAAUUGCAGGACAUGGGUGGAAAAGAGGCCAUCUUCCGCAGUCCCAACAUGUGCCAUGUUAAUCUUUCACUGCUAUGA